CUCUGCCAACUUUCCACAGUUACAGCCUCCCACCCCCGUUCUCCACCACAGGCCGGAGACAACUUUGGGCGGGAGACCCUCCUCCACUUCCUGGGCAUGGCUGGUGACCAGUGAGAUGACCUCAAGUCCUUGCACAGCCUUAGGAGGAUGUUGCUGGCUAUUACACGUAGAGCUAGCCAUAAGGGAGUUAAACAACCUUGGGAUCACGUGGCCUCAUCCUCCCACCUGGACUUGCUGCCCAUGGCUCUGCAGACCAUAAAAGCUGGGCAGGCAGCAAGACUGUAUGCUGGGUUCCUCUCCUGACUUCUUCCCAGUGGCCUCCCCAGGAGCUCAGCGGCCAUGGCACCGUGGGUUCUGCUCACUGUGGCUCUUCUGGUCCUGGGUCAUGUGCCACCAGGAGGCACUGAGUUCAAACGGUGCUGGAACGGCCAGGGGGCCUGCCGGACGUACUGCACGAGGCAGGAAUCCUUCAUGCACCUGUGUCCAGAUGCUUCCCUGUGCUGCCUUGCCUACUCGCUCCAGCGUCCACCAGGCACCAAGCCUGGAGACGAGUAGCUCGCUCUGGGGCUGGCAUCCUUGCUGGCCAAUAAAAUCCAUGCUGCCAGCUCUCUCCGUGUUCUGCUUGCAUGACUGAGUUCAUUUCCCCACAGGGAAGGAGAUGAAGAGGAUGCUUGUGUGCGGGCGGUGGGGGGGGGGGAUGGUUGCCGGAGGAGGUGCUGGGGAGAGUGGGCGUUAAUGACCAUUCUAAAUGUUCCGGGCUUGAUUAACUCCGGAAAAAAUAAUCCAUCCUCCUGACCUCUUCCUCAGGAUCCUCACCUGCAAUGUGGGGAUAAUGAUAUUGGUUGGUUGGGACUUUGCAGAAUACCAAAAGCAAGGUAGAGCUCACGAUAAAUUAACAAGGGUUAAGGAUACCAUGAUCGACAACACCUGUGUGCCAUCCAGCAGGAGAUGGUGAGUUUGGCUUAAAAGGCAAGGCAACUUGGCUGGGAGGGGAAAGGCUUCCUCCUUCUUCAUCUCCUACUCAGUACUUCGUGAAGCUGCCCAAGUAAGUGGCCCUAAGAACCACAUUAAGUGGUCUUCACAUGAACAGAGGGCGGUCCAUCCCUUCUGGGAUGAGGAUCAGUGAUGCCGGAAGGUGGAGGAGGCAACCCCAGCAGAAUCACACAGGUACCUGGAGAUGCACGGGGUUCAAUUCCUCUCUGCCUGUUUGUGUUUGGAUGGAAAAACAGGAAGUUCACUUUGCAGGGAUCCCUCCUCACUACAAAAAAAAAAAAAAAAUCUGGAGGUGUAGGGAUGUGGUUUUGUGGUGGAGAGCUUCCGUAGUGUACGUGCAACACACACACACACACACACACACACACACACACACACACCAUUUCUAUGAUCCCAUUUUCUUGGGCCACUGACCAUAUGACCACUGAGAAGACUUGAGGCCCCGUGUCCUCUUUAGAGAAUGUGGGGGAACAGCUGGAGGGCAGUGCUUGGUAAUCAGAACCAAUGACAGUCACAGCUCUCAACACUAACAUAGCCCCGACAAUAACACUGGCAACGUAAUACUUUCCCUGGAACCUUCUUGGCUGACUUCUGUUUGUGUCUGGUGUACCAUCUCACAGUCUCGUGGCUGUUUCCUGCUUAAGACGCCUGGAAAAGGAGAAUUCUGCUCUUCAGUUCCUGAGGAGACCUGAGCUUACGAGAAAGGGGGUCAGGAGCUCCUCUUUCUGCCACCUUCUCUCUGGGAUUGAGCCCCCAGAAUAACCUAGUGUACAAUAACGUUGUCAAGAGCAGAGGCUCCUGUCCUGUGUUCCUGAGACUUCAGAAUUUGUGCCAGUGAAGGGUGCUGGUGUGACAGAGGGGCAGUCAGAGGACACCUGUCCUGCUGAUGAAGAGUUUAAGUUAGCCAGGAUAUAACUCCAUUUUGAAAUAAAGAUCUUGACUGGGACCUGAAUUCAGGUACCAGGAAAUAUCACAGAAUGUACACCUGGCAGGAAAAAAGUUAACUCUCCUAGCAGCAGCCUCCAGGACAUAUAACAGAAUAAAUGCUUCAUAGAAAAUAGAGACAAACUCCCUGGCAAUAAUCAAUGGGAAUCGGUUGAGAAUUGGGUGGGAAAAUUCUCCCCAAUGUUUCAGAUGUGGUUUAGAAAAAUAGCCAUUGUGAUUAUAUGCCUUAGCCAUGGUGAUUAUGUGCCUCAGAAAAGGUCACCCAGCCCUGCUAAACCUCACCCAAUUCUGUAACGCCAAGGCUUGUGCCCCCUGCUUGCUGUCAUGGAAACCCCCUGCUCACAGACUUUCUCUUUAAAAAUCCUGCUCACUCAGAGCUCGGGGUCUCACUUCUCUACUGCUGCACCAGUGAGACUUGGGUCCCGAGUUCGAUCGCUCUCGUAA